GUGCAAAAUCUCUUCUUUGUGAACUUUCUUGUGCUUUCUUCCAAGUUCUCCCUCUCUCUAGCAUUGCGCAGGACUGGGUAGUAGGGUUCUACCCAGGCUGUGCAUUCUUUUUCACUAAAUCCCCGUUGAGCUAUUGUUGGUCAAAAGUAAAUGCAUGUUUUGGAACCCAUUUUGAUCAUAUUUGCGGAUCCAAAGAGAUUGAAGUUCUGGGUAUGCUUUACUCAAGCUAAUCGAAGAUCGAAAGCCCGGGUUGGAGUUUCGUUCUUAGAGUGUCAUUACUUUUUACUUUUCUUUUUCCCAGAUUUCUUGGACUUCUAGAAGAAUCUGAAUGUUCAAGAUUUCCUGAGAAUUGUGUAGUUUUCAGUCGAAGUUUGAGUGGUUUUGCUUUUGGUGUGGCUAAUGGUAUGGUUGAUCAGUUAGGGGAGCCACUGCUCUGGGGCCUCUUCCUGUUGGUGGUUUCUGUAUAGCAAGCUAUUUGUGUAUGGUAUGCUCCUAUCCAUUGUGGGGCCUUGUAAAAAGUUCAAUUCACUUUUUUCCCAUCAAAAGAGGUGAAAAGAUUUCAGCUUUUUGAUCCAAUUAUUAGUGCCUGAUCGUAUUGAAGAAUCUAGUUGAAGUUCAAGCAUUCAGUUGAGAAGUUCUUUGUCAUAUCUCUUCAGUUCCAGAGCUGUGCCACUGGAUGUUAGAUUUGUGAAAUCUGGGUCCUUAGAGAAAUGUGAUGAAUAAAAAAAGUUAUAGGAUGGCAUCAGCUGUGGUUGCAGAUAAUUUGGAAUUCAGCACUGGGGUUGAUGGCAUUUCUAGUGAUGAAUCUCCUUACAGAAGUUUUAGCUUUCCUGCAGAGGAAAGCCAUCCUGCAAUUGAUGAUGGUCUGAAUGUGACUGUAAUCCCUUCACCAUCUGUUGCCCCAAGUGGCAUUGACUCAAACUGGAUUGAUACCAAGUUAGCAUCCAAGAAGGUCCAUUCGUGGUUACAAUCUCCUGAUGGAAGCUGGGAGUUGGUAUCAAACUUAUCCACCACCAAAACUGAGUCAGUCAUAUCAUUCUCUAAUCGACAAGUACAAAAAGUAAAAUCUGAACAUCUGCUACCUGCAAACCCGGGUAUACUUGAUGGGGUGGAUGAUCUAAUGCAACUAAGUUAUCUAAAUGAGCCAUCAGUUUUGUACAAUCUCCAAUAUCGGUACAGUAGAGAUAUGAUAUAUUCAAAAGCUGGACCUGUUCUUGUGGCAAUUAAUCCCUUCAAGAAUGUUCCGCUGUAUGGAAACGAUUACAUUGAAGCAUAUAAGCGUAAAUCCUCUGAGAGCCCACAUGUCUAUGCCAUCACUGAUACAGCAAUGAAGGAGAUGAUUCGAGAUGAAGUAAACCAGUCUGUUAUUAUAAGUGGAGAAAGUGGAGCAGGCAAGACCGAAACAGCAAAGAUUGCAAUGCAAUACUUAGCUGCCCUUGGCGGUGGCAGUGGAAUCGAGUAUGAAAUACUGAAAACAAAUCCCAUACUGGAGGCCUUUGGUAAUGCAAAAACGCUUAGAAAUGAUAACUCAAGUCGAUUUGGAAAACUGAUCGAAAUACAUUUUAGUAAGACUGGAAAGAUCUCUGGUGCAAAUAUUCAAACUUUUGUUCAGUGCACCAAGGGGGAAAGGUCCUAUCAUAUCUUUUAUAAUCUCUGUUCAGGAGCUCCACCUGCACUAAGAGAAAAGUUAAAUUUGAAGCAUGUAGAUGAUUAUAAUUAUUUGAGACAAAGCAAUUGCUACUCAAUUUCUGGGGUUGAUGAUGCCAAACAAUUUCAGUUUGUCACAGAAGCUUUAGAUGUUGUCCAUGUUAGCAAAGAGGACCAGGAGAGUGUAUUCUCAAUGCUAGCGGCAGUAUUGUGGCUUGGGAAUGUUUCCUUUACAGUUAUCGACAGUGAGAACCAUGUUGAACCUGUUGACGAUGAAGGUCUGUCAACCGUUGCAAAAUUACUGGGGUGUGAGCUUGAGGCAUUAAAAGUAGCUUUAUCAACACGAACUAUGCGAGUUGGAAAAGAUAACAUAAUUCAAAAGCUGACUUUAUCUCAGGCUAUUGACACAAGAGAUGCAUUGUCAAAAUCAAUUUAUUCGUGCUUAUUUGACUGGUUGGUUGAAAAAAUAAACAAGUCACUUGCAGUUGGAAAACGCCUUACUGGAAGAUCUAUUAGCAUCCUCGAUAUUUAUGGUUUUGAAUCAUUUGAGAGGAAUAGCUUUGAGCAGUUCUGUAUUAAUUAUGCCAAUGAAAGAUUGCAGCAGCACUUCAACCGCCACUUAUUCAAGUUGGAGCAAGAGGAAUACAUCCAAGAUGGCAUUGAUUGGACGAAAGUUGAUUUUGAUGACAACAAGGAUUGCCUAAAUCUAUUUGAGAAGAAACCACUUGGAUUGUUAACCCUUUUAGACGAGGAGUCCACCUUCCCAAAUGGCACAGACAUGACCUUUGCCAAUAAACUCAAGAAGCAUUUGAGUUCCAAUCCUUGCUUCAAAGGUGACCGUGAGAAGUCUUUUACUGUAUGCCACUAUGCAGGCGAGGUAACCUAUGAUGCAUGCGGCUUUCUUGAGAAGAACCGUGAUUUACUCCACUUGGAUUCCAUUCAACUUCUGGCUUCUUGCAAGUACCGCCUACCACAGAUGUUUGCAUCCAUUAUGUCAACUCAGAGUGAGAAGCCUGUCAUAGGCCCCUUGUAUAAAUCAGGGGGAGCAGAUUCUCAGAAAUUAAGUGUUGCCACAAAGUUUAAGGGUCAACUAUUCCAAUUAAUGCAACGCCUGGAGAGCACGGCACCACAUUUCAUACGUUGCAUAAAGCCUAACAGCUCCCAAUCUCCUGGGGGGUUUGAUCAAGGACUCGUAUUGCAGCAGCUACGUUGUUGCGGUGUCUUAGAAGUAGUUCGAAUAUCUAGGUCAGGGUACCCUACCAGAGUGUCCCAUCAAAAGUUUGCUAGAAGAUACGGAUUUCUUCUACUGGAACAUGCUGCAUCACAAGAUCCACUCAGCGUCUCGGUUUCCAUACUCCAUCAGUUCAAAAUUCUGCCUGAUAUGUAUCAGGUUGGAUAUACCAAACUGUUCUUCCGAACUGGGCAGGUUGGGGUGCUUGAAGAUACAAGAAAUCGCACCCUCCACGGGAUCUUACGUGUUCAAAGCUGCUUUAGAGGUCAUCGAGCUCGUGAUUACCUGAAACACUUGAAGAGAGGAAUCACAACUCUUCAGUCAUUUGUUCGAGGUGAGAAAACUAGAAGAGAAUAUGCAAUCUCGCUACAGAGUUACAAAGCCGCUGUUUGCAUACAGAAACAGAUGAAGGAGCGAAUUCGCAGGAGGGCAUACAGAAAUGUCCAAAGGGCAUCAAUCAUCAUACAAUCAGCUGUGCGUGGGUGCCUUGUCAGAAGAUGUUCUGCUGAUAUAGGGCUGCUGCUACAGGCUGGAGACAAGAAGGGUAAUAAUGAGUGUGAAGAGGUACCAGUGAAGUCCUCAUUUCUAGGCGAGUUACAGCUCCGUGUUCUGAAAGCCGAAGCUGCACUCAGAGAAAAAGAAGAGGAGAACGACAUACUCCAGCAGCGGCUCCAGCAGUACGAAAACCGCUGGUCAGAGUACGAGUUGAAGAUGAAGUCCAUGGAAGAGGUGUGGCAAAAACAGAUGAGGUCCCUACAGUCCAGCCUCUCCAUAGCCAAAAACACCCUUUCUCUGGACAACUCUGCAAGGAACUCUGAUGCAUCCGUGAGUGGAAACGAAGACAGUAGAGGAUCAACUUGGGACAGCAAUGGUGGAGUACAAGUGAGGCCUAUGAGUGCUGGCCUAAGCGUGAUAGGCCGUUUGGCCGAAGAGUUUGAGCAAAGGAGCCAAGUGUUUGGGGACGAUGCCAAGUUCUUAGUGGAAGUGAAAUCAGGCCAGGUUGAGGCUAACAAUGUCAACCCCGAACGCGAGCUUAGACGGUUGAAACAGUUAUUUGAGGCCUGGAAGAAGGACUACGGGACCAGGCUAAGGGAAACAAAGGUUAUUCUGCAUAAGCUGGGGAACGACGAGGUGCUUAUUUGCGACAAAAUGAAGAAGAAAUGGUGGGGAAAGAGGAACAGCAGCAUUUCAAGGCUAGGCUGAACUGAUUGGGUUAUCUAUCAAAAACUUGAUGUUUGAAUUUCAAGGCAAGAAAACUGCUUGGAGCCGGAUGCGAUUACCCGAACCCGAAUAACAUUAUGCCAAACUCCAAAUGACCCGAAAAUCGAACACUUGAUCUACAGUUCAAUUGCAGGUGUUGAUGAUAUUGCAGGAGAAUACAACGUUAGUGAUGAAAAUUAUUGGUAAUGACAUCGGAAUCAUGUCAUUGAUUUUAGCCAAAAAUAUUUAUUAAAAAUUUUGUUGACAUUGUCUACUCUUGUACAUUGCAAGAAGUUACUCCUCCCAUCGGCCACUAGAUAUUUUCAAAUGACUUUUUGUGGCUUUUGAGAAGAUUUGAGAAAAUGUAAAAGUUUAUUAAAAUAUCAUUAAUGAAUGGUGAAUUAUAUG